UGUAAAUAAAACAUGACAGAUUGCGAAGAUCCGCUUACUUUACAGAAAAAAUUGUAUUUUUUGCUAGAGCAACUAGAAAAUAUGGCACUUGAUUUACCACCGAAAUACCAAAUGCGUUUGCCAUACGAAUUACUAUCCAGUUUAGCGAAUUGCUUACUCAACGAGACUGUUUUCGAAAUUGUUAAAGGCCUGUUAGAAAUCCAACACGUAACAGAACAGCAUUUAUACCAACAAAGACUGCAAUUUAUUAACCAGAAGAAAAUUCAAGAACAAGAAAUUCUGCGACUGUACGAAAACGACACCAAUAAGAAGAUCCAAGAAUUGCAGAAAUUCAUGCUGCAGCAAAAAGAAGAGUUGAAAACAUUCGAUAUGAACCUAGUAUUGCAAUUAGAUCAGAAAGUGGCCGAUCAGCAGGAGAUUUUAGAGAAAGCCGGAGUGCCCGGAUUUUAUUUAACCAAGAAUCCCUUAGAAAUUAAAGUACAAAUGCACCUAUUAGAUUUCCUUUUGAGGCUAAGCAAAAUGCCGAUUCCAGCCUAAACACCAGAUUAUAUGGAAGGGUAAUAUUGCAAGUAUUACGAACUAUAGUCAUUUUUGACUUACAACAUAUCAUCUUCAGUUAAUAACCUACAGGUUAUUAACUAACUGAGUAAAUUUUGUACUGUAAUACUAAUAUGCUUGUGAUAACCUACCCUUACCCUUAUCCUACCCUUGCUAAAAAUGAUACAUAAGGGUAAAAUGUAUAAGAUAUGGUUUUACAGUGGGUUAGCUAAUUUUUGAAUUACAUACUUUUAAAAUUGGUCAGUAUUUUACAACAAAGCAUAAGGAAUUACCAAUGUGCACGCCUAUGGUUAUAUUGUGAUAUAAUUUGCUAUAAG